CGGCGCACGUGUGCUCCUCAGUGCCGGCGGGAGAGGGAGGCGGGUUGGGCGGUGUGCUGGUGGUGUCGGUGUGGAGAGGGAGCGGUGGGGGUCGGGCGUGCCGCACAGUCACCGCACAGCCCCUCGGUGCUCGUGUCCCCGUCCACUGUGAGGGUCGCCGGUGCCCCCCUGCCCGGCCCCGCGCUGCUCCUGCUCCCCCGCGGGAUGCGGGCUCGGCCCGCCCCGCUAGCCCUCACCCCCGCGCCGGCCGCAGCAUGAGCGCGGCGAGCGACACGUAUUUCCUUAUAAAAGACAUAAAACCCGGACUGAAAAACUUAAAUGUCAUCUUUAUUGUGCUGGAGAUCGGGCGAGUCACCAAGACGAAGGACGGGCACGAGGUGAGGUCCUGCAAGGUGGCGGACAAGACGGGCAGCAUCACCAUCUGCGUGUGGGACGAGAUCGGCGGCCUCAUCCAGCCGGGGGACAUCAUCCGCCUGACCAAAGGGUACGCGUCUCUGUGGAAAGGAUGCCUGACACUUUACACGGGACGAGGAGGGGAGCUGCAUAAAAUUGGGGAGUUCUGCAUGGUUUACUCUGAAGUGCCAAACUACAGCGAACCCAACUUGGAGCACAUCGGGCAGAACAAAUUGGCACAGGGUGAACAGAAUAAUAUUUCUGCAUCAAGUGGUAUGGGUACUUGUACUUUUGGGCCACUGGGAAAUGGUUUACAAACUGGACCUGAAGCAAGUGGAUUUCCAUUCACGUAUAACCACGGCCACAUUUAUGCAGGUAGUGGGAGAGGCAAUGGACGAGGACCUGUAAAUCCAGCACCAGCUAAUAGUGUUCAGCCUCUUCCCCCUGCUGUCAGUAACGGGAGGGACCCACGCAGGGCCUUUAAAAGAUGACUAUGCCAAAUGUGGUUGUACAGCUUGCUUAAACUCUACACUCUACUUGAACACUUACUGCACUUUUAUUUAUAGUUAACUGUGAACCAGUUUGUCCUUUGGUUUUGUUUUUUUUCACCUUUUGGUGUAUGGAGCAAA